AUGAGUGAUAACAGAGCCCAGUUUUUGGAAGUGUUCCCAUCAUUAGUACAAGAGCUUAGAGACAUCUUGGCCGGGUACGGUAUGCCCGAAGAAGCCAUCGAAUGGUACGAAAAAUCAUUGAACUACAACACCCCAGGUGGUAAGUUGAACCGUGGUCUUUCUGUCGUUGACACAUACGCGCUUUUGAAAGGUUACAAGUCAGUGAGCGAACUAUCUGCAGAAGAGUACAAGAAGGUUGCCAUCCUUGGUUGGUGUAUUGAACUGUUGCAAGCGUACUUCUUGGUUGCUGAUGACAUGAUGGACCAAUCGAUCACAAGAAGAGGACAACCAUGUUGGUACAAAGUGGAAAACGUCGGCGACAUUGCGAUCAACGAUGCAUUCAUGUUGGAAGGUGCCAUCUACUGUCUGUUGAAGAAACACUUCAGAACAGAGCCAUACUACGUCGAUCUAUUGGAAUUGUUCCAUGACGUUACUUUUCAAACCGAAUUGGGUCAGUUGUUGGAUUUGAUCACUGCACCAGAGGACAAAGUCGACUUAUCCAAGUUCUCUUUGGAAAAGCAUUCCUUCAUCGUUAUCUUCAAGACUGCAUACUACUCUUUCUACUUAGCAGUGGCACUGGCCAUGUUUGCUGCCGGUAUUACCGACUCAAAGGACUUGAAACAGGCCAGCGACGUAUUGAUCCCAUUGGGAGAAUAUUUCCAAAUCCAAGACGAUUUCUUGGAUUGUUUCGGUAAACCAGAAGAUAUCGGUAAGAUUGGUACCGAUAUCCAAGACAACAAAUGUUCUUGGGUCAUCAACGUUGCAUUGAAGAAUGCUACAAAAGAACAAAGAGAUAUCUUGGACGAAAACUACGGUAGAAAGGAUUCUGAAAAGGAACAAAAAUGUAGAGCUGUAUUCAACGAAUUGAACAUCCAAGACAUCUACCACAAGUACGAAGAAGAAACCGCUUCCAACUUAAGAGAGAAAAUCGCUAACAUCGACGAAUCCCGUGGGUUCAAGGCCGAAGUUCUAACCUUGUUCUUGAACAAAAUAUACCACAGAAAGAAGUAG